AUGGACAAAGAAAUAAAGCUGCAAGGGGAUUCAAGUGAGGUGACACAUGGUCAUGGAUGUGGUGUUUUUGUUAAGGGGGAAACCAUGUAUUUAAUCUUUGAUGAUUUGAAGGUGGUACAAAGCUCACCUGGAAAUUAUGUUCAGCAACUUCUUCAACUUGGCUACAAAAACAUUCUAAACCUGGUAGAAUUGUCUCCAAGUGUUGGCUUGCAUGAGAUUCUGGGCUUGCUAAAGCAAGCAUUAACUUCAAAAUCUCCUCUCAGUGAUGUAUUCUUGGCAAAUGGAGAAUCUAAGCAGAUUUCCACUUUCUCACCAAAACUUGGACCCAGUGCCAGAAGCAAACACUGUAUUAACAAUUGUAUUAUAAACCUCAAGAUAACAGUGAUAAAAUCAAAGAAGAAGAUACUGUACGCUGAAGCUGAGGAUGAUUUUGUUGAUUUUCUAUUCAGUUUCCUCACAACACCUCUAGGAUCUUUUCCAAUGGGAUGUAUGGAUAACUUGUCCAAAAGUGUGAAGGAUCUCAAUCCUUCAUGGUUCGCAACGCCUUCAGGCACUGAUCUGUUAUUGGAUCCACGGGUUGCUUCUCAAUUUGGUUGUUGGAGGCAGCCAUUGAAGCUUUCUGAAGAUGGCACUCUUUACUGGUAUAGCACUAAUGUGCUUUCAAAGAAGAGAGAUCCGAUGCUCAAUCCAGUAGCCAUGAAACUUUUUGAGCCUAGAUCCCCUGAUGGCACAAGAACAUAUACUGAGGGAUUUGUGAGGAGGCCAUCUCUAUUUGUUGUGUGGGAUGAUCUUCAAGUGGCAUCAUUGGCUGAUACAUCUAGCAUUUCCAUCUUGCAAGAUCUGAAUGUACCAUUGGAUGAUUUAGAGGAGCACGUAGUGAGCAUUGGAGAGAAAGUGGUAACUCCAUUCUUCACUAAUUUUAUCUUAUGAACCAAAUUAUGGUGCCCACUAGGGUGGGCAACUUUAAAAUUUGGUCCACCGGUGGACCAUCAUCAUAUGCCGUUGGAUCUGAAAAUCUUAGAAUAUUCUUUUCUUUAAUGGUUAGGAUUGAAUGAUAAUAAAAAGGAUAGAAAUGUAAAUUUAUAACUUCUCUUCAUCUUCCCCAACUCACCCUGUUCUUCAUCUUUCCCAACCCACCUUCGUCCACCUGAACAGCACCGGUGAUGUCACCGCCGUCACCCUUGACCUCUCAGCUCCGGCGAGUUCCAGUUUCAGAACCUCUCCCCCACCUCCUCCCCCCUCACUCCCACACCACCACCACAAAAAAUUCCCAAAACCAGAAACUCAAAAAUCUCCAAUGUCUAAUACCCAGAAAAUCCCCAAAGUCAGCCCACUUUCACCCGUGUGGCACAUACUUGGCGGUGUUGCUCAUGCCACUGGUGGUGGGAUAGGCGCGGGCUUUCUUCCAUAGAUCUCUAAUCUCCGUCGCGAAUCGGCCCAUAGACGCUUCCACACGCCACGAAACCACGCCGGUGGGGAGGAAGAAGGCAAGGUCGUCGGCCAACGGAGCAAAUUUUCAGAUCUGGGUUUGAUUAACAUAACCAAUUUUCAGAAUCAAAGAUAUCUUCCAGAACAAUUUUUCUUCCUUUUUGUUGUUUUCUGAUCAUCAAGUUAUGAUGCUUGAAAAAAGCACAAGGGAAGAAAGCAUAACAAAAACAGAAUCAAAAAAAGUGAGAUCCAGAUGGAAAAAUUGUAACUUGUGAUGACUUAUAUAUGAAAAAAAAAACGAUGAAGAGAGUGAGAGAAAGUUUUUCCGUGUUUAUUAUAAGAAAAUUGAAGGGAAAAACAGAAAUGAGAACAUAAUGGGUAAUGGAUGAAGGAAAACCAUCAGCAGCCAUGGCUAUGGAUGACAGUGUGAUGUGUGAAAUUUUUAG